AUGACGACUCGAUACUGCUGUGUGAAGAGGUUGGAGCUCAGUGGACUGGAGAAGUUCGAAGGGUUAGAUCCGCAGGUACGGUGUCCGCGUGGAUACGCUAUUGUGAAUGUUGACACGCGUGGAUGGAUAUUAUGUGGUGGAAGCGGUCGCUCGGAUGGACUGGUGCAAUGGAGAUGUCGGUAUGGCUGGCAAUUCGGCACUGGCCAUCUUGCAAUGGUUAUUGCUUCUCAGCAGGCAGCUUCUGUGAAUUCCAUUGCUGCUUGGGAGGCAUCAAGUGAUAACUAUCGUAAGAAUUUCUGCCAGGGUGGUUGGUUUCCUAUGAGCAACUUCGAUCUCAUUGCGAAAGCUAUUGUGCGUGAUCUUAAGAGUUCUGGUUUAGAGGAUUUUGAGGAGAUGGACCGGAGCUCUUUUGUCUUUUCUGUCUCCAAAACAUUAUGGGAGGAAGUGCGCGCCGAUCUUCGCAUUCAAUGUUCAAUUCUCAAUCGGGGAUCAAACAUCAGCUCUAUUCAUACAGUGGGUUCCAUUCGUGGUUUUUUGGAAGUGCCUCAUAACGGAAAUAAGCAGGAGUCGUAUGAGCUUGAGAACGUACCAGAGUCGACAAGGGAUUCGAGCCUGUUCUUCGAUCGUUAUCUAAAAGAGAAGGUCAAUGGUUCGGAGACCGGGAAGCCAUCGAUAAUAUUGUUCUCGAUGACUUCCCCGCGCCCACGACUGAAAACAAAGAUCUUUUUGCUCAGAGACGACAUGCUACUUUCAUCUUAUCUGUUGAAUGCCCAACAAAUCGGCUAUGACUCCAAAGAUCGUCAUAGCUUUGCCGAGUUCAAUUAUACAUUUGACAAGCCAGCGCGGUUAAUCGGUCUACCCAAGGCAGUUUUAUACAUGUCUUACGAUGCGCACGAUAACUUCACUAUUUUGCAAUUCUAA